UAAAACACAUCAGCAUGACCAUAACAUUUUCAUGUGAUCCUAAUUCAAAUAACAAUAAGUCUAUAAUUUAUUUUAAUAUUUCAGAGUCAUUAUUCUCCGUGUGAAUAACUGUCGGAAAGUUCAUGAAAACGCUUUUAUUUAGAGAAAGGGCUUUAAAUAAAUCAACCGAAUAGCGUAUUUUACUUUGAAAUCCACUGUCGUAAAAACUGUCGUGCAGCACCGUGACGACAACUAAUCCGCUUUACGGACGGGAUUUUUAAUCAUCAUGUAACCUGACGGCUGCCCUUGCAAAGAUGUGAAGAACAUGUGAGUCUAAAUUAGAAAUGAUGCCACCUGCGGAAGAUUGAGGAAAAAUAACUGACACAAAAUCAGUUAAAAGCAAAGAGGCGACAUGGCUUCUCGCAUUCUCAAGUAUGCAGUGCUUCUCCAGAAGUACCGGACUCCGCUGCUCAUCACUAGCUGUGGCGGGGUCUUUGCUGCUAACAUGUUCUAUCACGUGUUCCCUGAUAUGACCUACAGGCAGCUCUAUCAAGCCUGGUCCAAAGGAAAGCCAGUCAAGCUGUCUGAGAAGCUCCAGGAUGUUUUCCAACAGGUGUUGAAGGACUACGGUAUCAGCUCACCUGAGAAUUUCUCCCCUUUCGCCUCCUAUGGGUUCCAUCCUGUUGGUGCUGGGGUCCCUUGGCUUCCUGCCAGGGCACAAAUUGGCAUCCCGGCCAACUUCAACAGCACGUCUGAUGACUCGCAAGGGAUCACCAACCGCACCAUCUUCAUCAACGGCAAAGCAGUGGACUGGAGCAGCGACACCGGCUCUGCUCUACAGGAGGCGCUGGUGUUGUCCCACGAUGCACAGAAGUUCGCCAUAGCACGUGAAGUGGCCCGCUUGCAGUCCGGGGGCCCCGUCCUGAAUGCUGCAGUCGCCCCAGUCUGCCUGGGUGGGGUUUGGGUGUCUAGCGUGCUAAUGAAGCAGCUGUUUGGGCUUCAUUCUGGGCCUCUGAUACUCCGCGGUUGUGUGAACAUUCUGGCAUUGGGCCUAGGUGCCGUUUCAUUCUUCCUCGCCUCAGAUUCCGUUCGCAGCUGGAUUGACUACAGCUCGGACCGUCGCGCGGCGGGAGUGUCCAAGGUUUACGCCAAAGGAGGGGUGGAGUUUUACGAUAAGAUUCUGUCCAGAAACAAGACACUGCGCUCCCUGAUGGGGCAGAAGGGAGUGGAGAUGUACGCUCCUAGUGGGAACUUGUUUCCUGCCAACCUCCUACAGCUCAAACACACGCCGUACACAGCCAGGAGGAAAGGGAUCCUCCAACUGCUGGCAGAAGAAAAUGCUUGAAAAUAAACAGGAGGUGGGAACGGAUGUCACCUGAAGCUGUAAUGAUGAAUGAAGUUGUGCUUCCUGUUCCUGAGCUGAUUUAAAAAGCAAAAAACCCUGGCCAAUAGGUUUUUUAAUUUAUUUUAGAUUGAAAUACUCCAUCCGCCAUGUGCUAAUUGUUAUUUGAUAGUAAGUUUAUGAAUCCUGAAGUGUUGAACAAUACAAAUAACAACACAUUCUUGUAGCGUCUGGAGGUGUCGACUCUUUAAUGGCAAAACUAUGAAACAAAAUACAAGAUUUAAAUGGUUUCCCACUGUAUAAAUAAACAUUUUUGAACCCUA